AGACUUAAAGACUUUCUAUCCAUUUACGUAGCUAUAUUUACGUUACAGCAGGAAGUCAACAUGCUUAGCACCCUUUGCAAAAAGGGAACAAAUCCUUUUAGGUUACACUGUUACAGUUAUGAAACGAUUUGUCAAUGUGUAGUAACUUGUAAGCUUAUGUGGGUAAGCUUAUUCUAUUUGCUGCAAUCUUAAGACAUUCGCCGGCAAUUUUUCCUCAUAUGCUAUCCUUCUCUCAGUCAAGCUAUUGCUUUCCGAGGACGGCACAGUUUGUAAAUUGAUACUUGCGACGAGAUAACAUACCUUUGCACCUUAUCCCUCACAAGGGCUGAAGAAGUUUCUGAUACCUUCCUCAACUUUGGUGGAAACUUUCAGACACCCAAUGUGUAGGAUUUAGAUUUGAAACAAUUACACUCAAGGUCACUUUUCAUCUUUUUAUAUCAUAAUAGGAUACUUAUUGCUACACACACACUUUCUUCCAACAACCUAUUAAAUCUUAACUAAAAUACACUAACCGUAACUCUACACUUUAUUGACCUAACUAGAAAAUAGGCGGGAAUUAACCUCAACCACACAUCUACCCUCCUAUCCAACAGACAAGAUUAAUUCUAGUACACUUUGACAAGAUUUAUAUCUGCCUUAUUUUAUGACCAUUAGAUCUACUAUUGUAGCUUUAAUAUGAAUGGUCCAGAUUAAUCUUAUCUUUUUUAACACAUCAUCAUCUUCAUCAGCUGUCUUUUUUUGUCCUGAUAAAUCCAAAAAACCCAAUCUUCAGCCAUUAGCUCUCUAGAUUAAUCGCCGGUGAAUGGAGUUCCAGUGACUCCCGUUGAAUUUCGCGACGGACAGGGAAAUAAUGUUACGAAUUGUUCUCGUUUUCCCGACAUGCCCUUGCUUGAAUUACAAAACAAUGUCGUCUACGAGUUCUUCACCGUCACAGUCAUGGCUGCGGCACCUCCGGUGGUUUUGAGUUAUUGGCCUCUUAAUACCAGAGAGCUUGCAACUAGACUUACCACACCACUGAAACUUACCACACCCCCGGUUAAAUUGUAAAGAAUAUAUGGUGUCUCCACCACCAUUUUAUGACGUCACCGCUGCCAUUUUAUGGCGUCUCCACCAACUUUCUCCAGUGUUUAUUCCAUCGUUCUAUUUUUGCAUUAUCAAGUCAAGGAAUGUAAAUGAUGAUUAUCGUGUACAUGUAGAUAUUGUGUACACGUGGAUAUUGAAUUUUGUGUACAUGUAGAUACAAAAUUCUAGUGUACAUAUAUAGAUUAUAGUUUUCUGUUUUUAUUUUAUGUAUUGUAAGAUGAAUUGCUUCAUAGAUUUCAAGUUUUUUUUACUUAUGGUUGUACACAACACAUAUAUAUGUAGAGGAGACUGAGAUAGAGUUUAAGUCACGGAAUGCACCAACGAUAAAUUUCGUGUACAUGUAGAUAUUGAAAUCCGGUGUACAUGUAGACAUUUGUACAUAUUUCAAAGUGCAUACACAGUUGUACAUGUAUAAAUUUUUUUUCAAUUUCCACUGAUUUUUAAAUUGUGCAUUCCUACCUUUGUUAACGUAAUUGUGUAUAAAAUGUUUAUAUGUACAAUCUAAAAGAUAUAAGUUACAUGGGAUUGAGAUUAUCUCCUCCUGCAACUCAUAAAAUAAUGAGUAUCAUUAUAAUGGUGUACAUGUGGAUAUCGUUAUAAUGGUAUACAUGUUUAAUGUUUAUGUAUAUGUGAAUAUCGUUACAAUGGUGUACAUGUGGAUAUCUUUUUUUUUUGAAUUGAAUGUUAAAUUGAACUCAAAAAAAAAGACAUUACAUCAAGUGUUUUUCAAACAUAAAUUGCAACAUUUUCGAACAAUCUAUUUAUAUCUUCGAACUUGACUAAUAUCCCUCUUUUUCCUAUCUUCUAGUACCAAACCAAAAAGACAUCCCUUCUCUAUAGUUAUAUGUUGUCCAUAAGUGUAUUAUACAACAGUUAUACAUGUGGAUAUCGUUAUAACCGUAAGCCAUGUACACAUAGAUACUAUUGCCCGCAUAUGCUUCAUCUCACAAUGAGUUUUGAUUAUCUCAUAUGAGACAAGGUUUUCACACAAACAUAAUGUCGCUCGCUGAAAAUUAUGGUACAUAUAAACACUCAAACAUGCCUACACACCACGUUUUCUAACAAGUAUACACAUGCACAUACAAGCUCUAGUAUAAUGUUUACAUAUCCACACAAAAACAUGCCUACAUACCAAGUUUUUUACAUGUGUACACCGAACACUACUGAAUAUGUACACCAUCACCCAAACACUAUAACUUGAACACUGAAAACAAUAAUACAAUGACCACCUUCAAUUACACCAACACCAACAGUAACUAACCUCUGUUGCAGGUGCUUGGUACUCAUUGUUAUAAUCUUCCUCAAAUGGACCACACGGCAGUCCAGUUACAGCGCCAAAUUCCACCAAAGAUAACCUAAACGGAUGGCCUCCAAAGACUGGCCGCAUCUUGAACUUCUUCUUUGUUAUUAUCUGUCUAACCAACAUUGCAUAUUCAUCUUAUGUGUCCCCUCUAACACAUCUCCAACGAAAAUCAUGUAAUCCACCUUCGAGUAAACAUUCAGCCUCAGACUCAGGAAAUGAUCCUCUGCAAAGAGCCUCGGGCGGCGAUCCCUUGUCUAGCACUUUUGUCGGCUUCGUCUCUGCCAAAAAACAACAUAGAAAAUUAGGGUUAGUGUCAGAUUCUAAUACACACAAAAAUUAAAUCCUCAUGUACACCCAAUCCCCUGUGUGUACACUACAACCUAGUCAUUGUGUACACUCAACCACCUUUGUACAUACGUACCCUCACACAAUAUUGUACAACUAUACAUUCAUAUUAACAUGUACAACAUCGCAAGUGGCGUACAUACAUACCUCUCAUCUACCGCUCUCUCCUCUUGUUGCUGAAUCUAUGUUAAUCAAACCAAAAAAAAACACCACAAACAUCUUAAAAAUCUCGGAAAUCUAACCAAGAAAUAGUCAAUCCCAGAAUCGGAAAACUUAAUCGGAACCCUAACCACACAACCGGAAAGUAGUAAAGCGAGAAAAUUGUCUAACCUUUUCCUUUCCCCUUGGAUUUUUGUUUCUUCUCGACGACAUCGUCUUCUCCGUCAGUUUUAAUUUUCUUCGUCGCCGAUUUUGUUCGUCGUCUUCUCCAGUGAAACUAGAUCUACUUUUACUCACGAUGAAAAAAAAAAUAAAGUUUUAAUUUUUUGUUGGGCACAAAAUAAAAAAAAAACUAAUUUUAACUCUUCUACGUGUCCACCUCAUAAACUCCUGCAUUUUUAAAUUUCAAAUCUCAUAACUAGUCUAACUAGAAUUUAUUUGUCCAAUUACCUAAUUACCCAUACUUGGUUUACCUUUACAAAGGCCAAAUUGGUUUUCAAUCACACUAAACUACCUCAGUAGCACAUUGUGAUCUACAAUGUAAUUAAAAGAUGGAAACCGACCUGCACUGAAAAUAACUCUUUAGAUUUCAAUGUGUAGAAACUUUUGGUGGAAACUUUCAGACACCCAACUAAGGUCGAAUUUUACAAAUUACAAGAAACGUAUUUAGAUUUCAAUGUGUAGAACGAUAACUCAUAUUUAACAGACAGCCAAUCUCUAAAGUGAACACAUCAAUUAGAAUAUUGAUUUACAUAAUUGUUCAAGUCUCUAACAAAUCCAUGCCAAUAGUAGUGGAGACUCUGGUUUGCAAAUUGCAACUGGUGAAUGCAAAUAAGUAAAUGGCUGAAAUAUACAGGUAAUACCCUAAUACAAAUUCAAACAAUCAGAUAUGUAAUGAUGCUAUCAGAGGAACUGAAAAUGUAUAGCCUCAUACCUAGCUCAAAAUUGCUCUCAGAAUCUUAGACAACUUACACAAGAUUGUCACCAAAAAUGAAUAUUGUUGUUACAGUUCAUUCUUGCAAAUAGUCAUUUAGUAUAAUUAAAUGAUUUAUUAACUAAGAGAAAGAAGCAUUAUAAUAUAUGCUUAAUUUGUAGACAGGCAACUUCUGUCAUCUUCCUAUGAUUUAGAGAAAAAUGAAUAUGGACACUAAAAUGAAGCAUUAUUCCAAAGAAUGUUACUACUAUUAGUUUAUAGUUUCUGUAGAUAAACUAAACUAUUAGUGAGUUGAAUAUUUCGGUGAACUAUUUGAUGUUCUUACGUGCGUGCACAAACCACAGACCUGAAUGCCGACUUCCUAAUUCAUAUAAACUAUUAUUAGAUAAUUCUACAUUUGUGUUUAUAUCAGUGUAUGAUCUCGUCUUCUGUAUGUACUAUAGUUUACUUAGCGUACAUACUGUGAAAUUUAAUCUAGAAAAUUAGAGGCCAGUGAAGCAAAAGGCUUAGUCAAAAAUGAAAAAAACAAUAUACAACAAAGGGGCAAAACAAUGUAUUCAUGAUGAGCUAGUUUCACCUUCUUUAAGUAGUGCUUCUCCUCCUCACAGCCUCUCCAACCAUUGAAGUGGUAGAGAACGGGAGUGAGAGAGAAUCCCUCCACAUUCUCUAAUAGUUUUCUGUUUUGUCGAUUUGAGGAGUUACUAAAGAGAUGGCGUCAUGGACAUCAUCCCAAUUCCUGUAUGAAGAAACCAAACCAUGCGGUAUUCAGUUCCUGGAACGUUUCAAGCGUUCAGGAAGACUCUCCUUCAAGCAAUACCAAGCCCUUGUCUUUACCCUAACCUUCGUCGCUUACAUCGCCUUCCACGCUGCUAGAAAGCCUAACAGCAUUGUCAAAGGCACCCUUUCCGCGUCAACAGUCAGAGGCGGCUGGUCUCCCUUUGAUGGACCAGACGGAACAGCCUUGCUAGGACAAAUCGACUUGGCUUUCCUCUCUGUCUACGCGGUUGGGAUGUUUGUAGCCGGUCACUUGGGAGACCGUCUGGAUCUCAGGACGUUUCUGACCAUCGGUAUGAUAGGCACCGGCCUCUUCACAGCUCUCUUUGGAGUCGCCUUCUGGGCCAACUUCCACAGCUUCUACUACUUCUUGGCGGUUCAGGUUCUGGCUGGGUGGUUUCAGUCAAUAGGUUGGCCUUGUGUUGUGGCCGUGCUUGGUAACUGGUUUGACAAGAAGAGAAGAGGAAUGAUUAUGGGUGUUUGGAGUGCUCAUACUUCACUUGGUAACAUCACAGGCUCUCUACUCGCAUCAGGUCUGCUUAGGUUUGGGUGGGGCUGGUCGUUUCUUGGACCAGCUUUGCUCAUAACUUUCCUCGGUCUCGUUGUAUACUUUUUCUUGCCGGUGAACCCUCCAACCGUUGGAGCUGAGAGAGAUGGGACUGAAGUUGACUCCACCAUGAGGCUUGGUGACACCAUUACAGAGAGCUUCUUGGGGUCUAGAAUGAGUACUGGCUUCGAUAGAAAAGCAAUAGGGUUCAUGGCUGCUUGGAAGAUCCCUGGUGUUGCUCCUUUCGCCUUCUGCCUCUUCUUCACCAAGUUGGUCUCUUACACUUUCCUCUACUGGCUUCCUUUCUACGUCAGCCACAACAUGAUUGGAGGAGAGUACCUGUCCGAAGAGACAUCAGGAAACUUGUCAACACUCUUCGACGUUGGAGGCGUGGUGGGAGGAGUCUUAGCCGGAUACAUCUCUGACCAGCUCGACGGCAGAGCCAUCACAGCAGCAGGAUUCAUCUACCUAGCCAUCCCAGCCCUCUUCCUAUACAGAAUCUACGGACACAUCUCAUUGACAAUCAAUAUCAUCCUCAUGUUCACGUCAGGAGUCUUUGUCAACGGACCUUUUGCUCUCAUCACAACAGCUGUCUCAGCUGAUCUCGGUACGCACAAGUCUCUCAAAGGCAAUGCUAGAGCCUUGGCUACGGUUACAGCUAUUAUAGACGGUACAGGAUCAGUUGGUGCUGCGAUUGGACCGGUUUUAACCGGUUAUAUCUCAGCGAUUAGCUGGGAUGCAGUGUUUUACAUGCUGAUGACUGCUGCUUUUAUAUCUGGCUUGUUGCUUACUAAGCUUAUUGUAACGGAAGUGAAAGCUAUGUUGUAUGGAUCAACCGAUGAAGGUGAAGCGGCUACUUCAUCGUCGCCAGCAACCAGAGCUCCCAUUGAUGUUCUCCUCUAAGUUUUUAUUCUUUCUUGAUUUUUCCUCUGUUUAUUUGAUAAUUUCAUUACAAGUGAGAGACUUUAUGUUGUUUUUUUUGGUUUCUUAUUUUCUUUGAUCAAUGUCUAAAGUUUUAACCUUUGAAUGAGAAUAAAAGUUACGUUCGCUAAUUUAAGAAUCAAUAACUUUAAAACCAAAUAAUAAAAGAAGGAUCUUUACAUGCAAGUAAACCGAUGAUCAAAUCAGCUGAAAAAUUGAAGCAAUAAGGCGUGUGGAAUAUGUCAAACGUCGUCACUACUUUCGGGUUUGCGAUAUCUGUUUUCAAGUUCCUUGGCGAUUGAGACGGCGCAGUGGGCAAGCUUGUUGAUGUUAGGAACCUUGUAGUUCUGAGCGAUGUAGAUCCCGCACGCUGUUCCCGUUAGAAAAGAGAAGCUUCUCCUUACUAUCCCCAUAUCUCCUUCUUCUCUUGGAUAACUACGCGAGAGAGAGGGAAGGGUUUCUCGGUCUCCGGCGUGAACUUAGAUCGGAAGAUAAACUGAAUUGGUGAGAUUGAUUGAAGAUUUAAUAAAAAAGCAAAGAACUGGAGAAUUCUGGAAAGUCGAAGAACCGACUAAAAGAUCAACUAAUGGGCCUGAUGGGUACUUGGCCCAAACUUUGUUUAAACUUACAUUGGCUCGCGCUGGUUAUAAACCUUGACGCCAACACAAAUAAAAAGUGUAAAUGUGUGUAAUAAAAACAUUAAUGACUUAUGUUUUCGUUAUUCGGGUCAUAAUUAUGUGUUUAAACAUAGAUACAAACUUACAAUAACGUUGAGAAAACAAUACAAGUAGAGCUUUUGGUGUUUCACCCAAACCAUAUAUAUAAGAAGAUUAAUUUUGUUCUACGUUCUAUUAACCUUUCACUAAAAAACAUUGUUGACCGUAUAGCUUUUCUUUUUUUUUUUAAUAAAACUUUUCUUUCUCAAAGAAGAAUAAGACGAGAGAGUAGCAAGCUUCGGUCUCUCUCCUCUCUGUUCUCUCUCUAUCCAUCUUUCACAGAGAUGAGAUGAGACGAAGCUUUCACCGGAUCUAGUCCGGUCUAUGACUCCCGAUGGUUCGGGCUUUUGACUCUGGGAAGCGGUGGUUCACUCAACACCGUCUUCGCCGGCUUUUCUUCUUGCUUCUCAUCGUCUUUUGACGGUGUCGUGGGCAAGUUUGGUCCCAGUUCUUUUCUGGUACCUCGUUUUGUUCUCCUGCUUGACCUCCGCUUCUUUUCGCUUUCUCUGGAUUAGACUGACUCUCGAUCUGACACUCGGAUUGUUCUCUCCUCCCCUCAGAUAGGCAGUUGCAUCUUCGCGCUUCUACUGAUCUUAAAAGAUGUCUGGGUUUCAUGUCAAGGUGAAUCUGAUUCUCUAGAUCGAUUGAGGCUAUUGAUCCUAUCUUUAUUGAAGCGUUGGUCUGUUCUUCCGUCGGCUUUGUCCUUUUCAUUACGGUUGCUCUUCGUUGAGCUUUCUCCUCUCAUCGGAUUGACAUGUUUGUUUUCCGGUGUCGGAGCUCCGAUGAAGACCUCGUCGUCGGCGUUGAAACGGUUGAUUGAUUGACAGGGGGACUCAUCAGGCACGUGUUCAUCUUCCACCUUGUGCCCUACACGUGUGUUGAGUUGCUCUCGUGUCGUCUUCCCCGAUAAGGCUGUUGUUGCCUUCAAACCUUUGGACCUUUCGUUGUGGGCCUCUCUUUUCUUUUUGUGUCUGGGCCAACUGUUCACUUUUAGUUGUGCCUCAUUUUCUAUGUUAGUAUUGUCUAUCUUUUGGGCCUUAUGUGUAAAUUAUGAUCUUGUUUAAUAAAAUAUCAGUUGUCAAAAAAAAAA